AUGGUAGUUAUAUGGUAUGUUUGCGAGGUGUAUCAUCCGAUGAACAGCCACGGCAGCACGGACCGAUACGUUUCUCAGCUUCUAGAGAAACACAAAACCGCCGCAGGGAGGAAAGCUGUGAUUCAGCACACAGAAUCGGAGGACUUCAACGAAUUGCAUACUGCCUUGGAGUACAAAGUGGGAUUUAUCAAUGAACGAAAUUACAAAUCGAAUUUGUCCUUUGACGGGACCAAGAUCGAAGUGGAUUUAAGAAAUAGCUACCUGGUUUUGCAAAAAUUAUGUCAGACUAUAGAGAAGAAACACGUACAUGCAAUAGUAAUCCUUGGGCCAGAGUCAAGUCAGAAUAUUGUUCGAGACUUCGUUCAAAGCGAGAAUGUAAUGUUACCAUUGUUUCUGCCGACGGCCAUCGGCAAUACAUCCUGCAACGAACAAAGCUACCAUAUAAACAUGAUGCCUUCCUAUAUACUAGCCAUAAUGGACAUAGCACGGUUCUACGGAUGGGAUCUGCUGUAUUACCUAUUUGAUUCUGAUGAAGGAUUACAACGUCUCCAAAACUUAUAUGGCGUUGCUGAAGACCUGACUAGAAUCAACAAAUUUACCAUCAGACCUCGUCGUAUUACAAAUGUAUCAGAUUGUUACGAAUUGCUCAGAUCCCUUGAUAGGGCUGACGCCGAGUUUGAAGUCGCCAUUCCGAAGAGAAUAGUCCUGGAUCUGUCGUCUAGAGAAGCUUACAAUAAAACUCUUGAACAGAUUAUAAAUGUUGGAAUGAACAGAGAUUCCUAUCACUACAUAAUAGGUGGUUUGGGUAUAGACGAAUUAGACCUUGCCCAGUUUGAGUACGGAGGUGUGAAUAUAACUGGCUUCACCGUCAUCAAUACGGCAGCGGCGUCAUUCACAGAAUUACGGACAAGAAACAAGCAACUCUAUUUCAACCUUUACCCAAAUACGCCGUACUUGAUGUACAAGCAGGCUCUUGUGAUCGACACUCUGAACCUAAUACACGAAGGAUUUGACAAGGUAAAGAGUAAAUUUAAUGGAAACCUAUCUCUCCACAAACGAGGCUGUCUUUCCAAUGGAUACAUCCCCUACUCCGGUGGUGGAAGAGCGGGACGUCGUGGAGGAUCAGGCAGAGGAGAACGAGAACAAGUGAUGGAGACAUUUCGGAAUACUCGACUUCGUGCUGACGAAAGUUUGACCGGAACGUUAGCGUUUGAUUCAAAAGGCAUGAGAAAAGAUUACACCUUGGUCGUUCACCAGUUAGAAUACAAGAAACGUCUGGAUAAGGUCGGUACCUGGUCUCCCAACAGUCCGCCGCAUCUUCGUUUUCAAACUCACCUCCACUCACCAGUGCCUCCACCGCGUCCCGAACCUUCUAAGAACAGAACAUGGCGGAUUGUAACAAUUCUUGAAGUUCCAUUUGUCCAAUUCGCUUCAUCAAAUGAAACCGGAGAAAAUAACAAUGCCCCAAUGAUCAAUGGCCGCCGAUUGGAAGGGUACUGUAUUGAUGUAGCCGAAAAGGUCAAACACAGAUAUAAAAAAGAAUUCGAUGAAGACUUUGAAUAUGAGAUACAUUUAAACGAUAAAUUUGGUAGUGUAGAUAAACAAACUCACAAAUGGAACGGAAUGAUUGGUGAACUAAUUGACAAUACAGCGGAUUUGGCGCUGGCCUCCCUGACGAUUAACAAAGAACGGGAGAGGGUUGUAGAUUUUACCAAGCCCUUUAUGAAGCUUGGAAUCAGCAUAAUGAUCAAGAAACCAGAUAAGCAAAAGCCAGGAGUGUUUUCCUUUAUGAACCCAUUAUCAAACCUUGUCUGGAUUUGCGUCAUGAUAGCAUUUCUGGCUGUUAGCUUAGUUUUGUUUUUCGUUGGUCGAUGGAGCCCUUAUGAAUGGCAGGAAGAGACUUCAUCUAAGGAUCACACAACGACUAACGCUUUUACUUUUUCAAAUACUCUUUGGUUUUCAUUAGGGGCUUUAAUGCAGCAGGGAUCUGAUAUAUUCCCAAGAUCAUUUUCCGGAAGGAUUGUUGGUAGUGCCUGGUGGUUUUUUACUUUGAUACUGAUAUCCUCAUAUACAGCUAACCUGGCUGCUUUUUUGACAAUUGAGAGACUUGUGACGUCUAUCAAAAGUGCUGAUGACUUAGCCAAGCAAAGUGAAAUUGAAUAUGGGACAUACAGCGGAGGAGCUACGGAGAGAUUUUUCAUGCAAUCUACUGUUCCCGUAUAUGAGGCGAUGUGGCGGUAUAUGAAGGCCAAAAAGGACAGGGUGAUGGUCAAGAAAAAUAGCAUUGGAAUUAAAAGGGUCAGGGAUUCCAAAGGGAAGUAUGCUUUUCUUCUCGAGUCCCCACUGAACAAUUAUCAAGGACAGAAAAAGCCGUGUAACACGAUGAAAGUUGGCGAGAACUUAGACAGCAAAGGAUAUGGUAUAGCGACGCCAUUGUAUUCUCCUCUUAGAAAAAAAUUGAAUCUUGUGGUCCUAAGACUUCGAGAGGAAGGCGAGCUUCAUAAACUCGAACAGAAAUGGUGGUAUGAUAAGGGGGAAUGUGGAGCUAUAGAUUCAAAGGACGGUGUUAAAAGUGCCUUGACGCUGAGUAACGUAUCAGGGAUAUUCCACAUCCUAAUUGGUGGAUUAGUCCUCUCUAUGCUGAUGUCACUAUUAGAAUAUUUACUGCACAGAAACCGUAGAUCAAAAAAGCAACAGAAACAAUAUAAAUCCAGCAAUACGGUUAAAAUAGUGAAAAAGGACCCACUGGAGGUUUUGAAAGCAGCCGGCUACACUGAACAUGAGAAUUCGGGGGUAAUCUACACAUACAGCCCCCCGGAACAGUUGACGACAUUCGAAGGGUCAACUAGUACAAAACCGGAACAGACAGCUAUAUAG